CGCGACGCCGCGACACGCGCACGCGCCGCGCGCGCGACCGAUCGUUCGGGGUACGUCCGAACGACGUUCACGCGCGCGCCGACCGUCGCGACAACCGACGAUGGCGCGAUCGAUGACGCGAACGAUGACGCAGCCGACGGCGAGAAGGCCAACCGGCGCGAAAACGAUGGCGCCGACGUCGACGACGCGGAAGCGCGCGAACGGGGCGCGCGCGCGACGCGGCGCGCGCGCGUCGGUGACGGACGCGAACGGGAACGAGGCGACGGACGCGAGCGAACGCGCGAUCGCGAACGCGGCCUCGGGGGGGCUCGGACGGGUGUUUCGAUUCGGAGGGGGACGGGCGGAGGGCGCGCGCGACGCGAAGGCGCGCCUGGGAGGGAAGGGGGCGAAUCUGGCGGAGAUGUCGCGCGUCGGGCUGAGCGUGCCGCCGGGAUUCACCGUGGACACGGAGACGUGCGCGGACUUUCACGCGAACGGUGGGGCGCUGCCGGAGGGGGCGUGGGAGGAGAUGGUCGCGGGGCUGGCGCACGUGGAGGCGGCGCUGGGGAAGACGCUGGGGGACGCGGAAAAUCCGCUGUUGGUGUCCGUGAGGAGCGGCGCGGCGGUGUCGAUGCCGGGGAUGAUGGACACGGUGCUGAAUCUUGGGUUGAACGAUUCCGUGGUCGAGGGGUUGGCUCGACGCGCCGGUGGACGCUUCGCGUUUGACUCGUAUCGCCGAUUUCUCGACAUGUACGGCAACGUCGUCAUGGGGAUCGAUCACGGCAAGUUUGAACACGCGCUGGAGACGCUGAAGCGCGACGUCGGGGUGGAUUCGGACGAAGGACUGAGCGAGCAAAACUUGCGCGACUUGGUUGAGAUCUACAAGGGGGUGUACGCCUCGGAAAACGUGUCGUUUCCGCAAGAUCCGCUCGAGCAGUUGCGUCUCGCCACGUACGCCGUCUUCGACUCGUGGAACAGCGACCGGGCGAAGAAGUACAUGGCCAUCAACAAGAUCACCGGUUUGCGAGGCACGGCUGUGAACAUUCAAGCCAUGGUGUUCGGGAACAUGGGCGAGACUUCCGGAACGGGGGUGUUGUUCACGAGAAAUCCGAGCACGGGCGAGAAUAAGCUCUACGGCGAGUACUUGGUCAACGCUCAAGGCGAGGACGUCGUCGCGGGCAUUCGCACGCCGAGCGAUAUCUCAACCAUGAAGGACGCGUUGCCCGCGGCGUACGAGCAGUUGGUGAAGAACACGGAACUCUUGGAAUUGCACUUCAAAGACAUGCAAGACAUCGAAUUCACCGUCGAGGACGGCCAACUCUUCAUGCUUCAAUGUCGCUCGGGCAAGCGCACGGGCGCGGGCGCGGUGAAAAUGGCGGUCGACUUCGUGAAGGAAGGCUUGGUGACCAAGGAAGAAGCCGUGCAAAUGGUCGAACCCACGCACGUCGAUCAACUGCUUCAUCCGCAGUUUAAAGACGAGGGCGCGUACAAGGCCGACGUCAUCGGCGCCGGCUUGCCCGCGUCACCGGGCGCCGCCGUCGGACAAAUCGUCUUCAGCACCGAAGACGCCGAAGCCGCGAAAGCCGAAGGUCGCAAGGUCAUCUUGGUUCGCGUCGAAACCUCGCCCGAGGACGUCGGCGGCAUGGACGCCGCCGAGGGCAUCUUGACCGCGCGCGGCGGCAUGACGUCGCACGCCGCCGUCGUCGCUCGCGGCUGGGGUAAGACGUGCGUCUCUGGCUGCGGCGAGUUGUCCAUCGACGAGCACGCGCGCACGUUCACUUUGGGUGGCGUCACGCUUCAUGAAAACGACUGGUUGAGCUUGAACGGUACCACGGGCGAAAUCAUUCGCGGUCGCGCCGAUCUCAUGCCACCGACUGUGAGCGAAGAUUUGGGCACGUUCAUGUCUUGGGUCGACGAAUUCCGUGACAUGAAGGUGCUGACAAACGCCGAUACGCCCGAAGAUGCCGCCGCGGCGCGCGCCAACGGUGCCGAAGGCAUCGGUCUCGUGCGCACGGAGCACAUGUUCUUUGGCAGCGGCGAGCGCAUUCGAACCGUGCGUCGGAUGAUCAUGGCCAAGGACACGCCCUCCCGCGAAGCCGCGCUCGAUGCGCUGUUGCCGUUCCAGCGAGAUGAUUUCAAGGGCAUCUUCCACGCCAUGAGCGGUUUGCCGGUGACCAUUCGCCUUCUCGAUCCUCCGCUUCACGAGUUCUUGCCCGACGGCGAGUUGGACGACGUCGUUCAACUUCUCAGCGAGGACACUGGCGAGACUGAAGAAGACAUCGUCGAGCGCAUCGAAAAGCUCGUCGAAGUGAACCCGAUGUUGGGUUUCCGCGGCUGCCGAUUGGCCAUCACGUAUCCAGAAAUCGCGCGAAUGCAAGUUCGCGCCAUUCUCGAAGCCGCGUGCGAAGCCAAAGCCGAGGGCGCGUCGCCGAUUCCCGACAUCAUGGUCCCGCUCGUCGGCACCGUCGCCGAACUCGAAGAUCAAGUGGCGUUGAUUCGUCAAACCGCGGACGUCGUCUUCGGCGAGCGUGGGGACUCUGUGGAAUACCGCGUGGGUACCAUGAUCGAGAUUCCUCGCGCGGCGCUGUUGUCGAAUGAAAUCGCCAAACACGCCGAGUUCUUCUCGUUCGGUACGAAUGACUUGACGCAAAUGACGUUCGGUUACUCUCGCGAUGACGUGGGUAAGUUCCUGCCCACGUACCUCGAAAAAGGUGUGCUGAAGCACGAUCCUUUCCAAGUCAUCGACGUCGACGGCGUCGGGCAACUCGUCCAAAUGUCCGUUGAGCGCGGUCGCUCCACGCGCCCCGACUUGAAGGUUGGGAUUUGCGGUGAGCACGGUGGCGAACCGAUCUCUGUCGAGUUCUUCGCGAAGAGCGGUCUCGACUACGUCUCGUGUUCGCCGUUCCGCGUGCCCAUCGCACGUCUCGCCGCGGCGCAAGCCGCGAUUCGAGCCAAGAAAGUGUAAGCCCUCCGACGUCGCGCCGUCGCGAGCGAGCUUUAUCGCCGCCACUAUAAUCCCUCUGUACGAUUCGCGAGAGUUCAAGACUACUUAAAGGAAGUUCACUCGCCAAGAUGUAAUUACAAAUUCGCAAGCAAGC